GACCGAAACACUAUCCGCACUGAACUACUCCGGGCGAUGGAGGGUGCCAAGUUCGGGAACAAGUCCUGUGAGCCGUGCCCCACAUCGUGGCUGCCUUUUGGGGACUCCUGCUACUUUUUCUCGGAGCAGCGGGGCAAUUGGGAAUCGGCGGUGAAGAGCUGUGGGAACACAGGCGCACACCUCGUGAUUGUCAAUGACCUAGAAGAGCAGAACUUCUUGAGCGCAAACACGAGUGGGCGUGGCUUCUGGCUGGGCCUCAAGGCUGUGCGUCACCUGGGCAAGAUCCAGAGCUACCAGUGGAUGGAUGGCGUCCAGCUGACUUUCAGCCACUGGAAUGUGGGGGAACCCAAUGACACUUGGAGGAGAGAAAGCUGCAUCAUGAUGCUGAAAUCGGGUUGGUGGAACGAUGCACUCUGCGGGAAUGAGAAUGGCAACUGGAUCUGUGAGAAGAGGCGCCGCUGCUGAUCCUGAACUCUACAAUCACUCCCCUGCAUCAGGGCUCCGCCCAGUUGCCCACAGCCACGCCCACUGCCAUCACUUCCCGCCUCCAGACUCCUCCUGUACACAGUACCCUGGUUUUUCCACCCAGGUUUGAGACCUGGGUGCUUUGAUCCCACCUCCCUGUAGUCCACAUUCGGGUGACGCAGAGAUUCCUCAGAGCUGUAAGCAGCCAGCCCCCAAACCCUUCUCUGCACCCUGUACAAUGCAGCGUGCUGCAGCACACCUCUCCUGCCCACGAGGAGCUCUGGGACCUCUGGGUAGACGACUGGCUCAGCCAGUCUGAAGCCUUUCCAGACAGCUCUU